GCAACGUCACUGUGACCUCACAAACAUGGCUGCGGCCGGCAGCAGGAACAGUUGGUUGGUUUCCGUUUCUAGAAAAGUGGGAAGUUAUCUGUUUAAUUCAGUUUUCAUCGCCCAGGCGGCGACGUGCGGCUUCAAGAUGGAAUCGGAGAGGCCAACCAAGCUGGAGUUUGCGGUGCAGAUGACAUGUGAGAGCUGCGCAGAUAAAGUCAGAGCUGCUCUGGAGGGUAAACCAGGAGUGCAGUCCAUCAGCAUCGAUGUCGGUCGGGAGCAGGUGUUGGUGGAAUCAGCCCUGACCAGUGCAGAGGUGCAGGCUCUGAUAGAAAGCACCGGACGCAGGGCGGUACUGAAAGGCAUCGGAGGAUCAGAGCAAGAUUUGGGUGCAGCAGUGGCCAUGCUGGAGGGUGUAGGAAAGAUCCAUGGGGUGGUGCGUUUCCUGCAGUUGUCGGAGGACCGUUGCUUGAUUGAUGGGACGGUCGAUGGGUUGGAGCCUGGACUCCACGGCCUCCAUGUUCACACCUUGGGGGACCUCACACAGGACUGCAACAGUUGUGGAGAGCACUAUAACCCCUUUGGAAGACAACACGGUGGUCCAGGAGACUCUGAAAGGCAUGUAGGUGAUCUGGGAAAUAUUGUCGCUGGACCAGAUGGCAGAGCCUCAUUUAGACUAGAAGACACUCAGCUAAAGGUAUGGGAUGUGAUUGGCCGAUCGCUGGUGGUGGAUGCGGGGGAGGACGACCUGGGUCGGGGCAGUCACCCUCUCUCCAAACACACUGGAAAUUCAGGGGAAAGGCUGGCCUGUGGGAUCAUCGCCCGAUCUGCAGGCCUCUUCCAAAACCCCAAACAGAUUUGUGCCUGUGACGGGGUCACGCUGUGGGAGGAGAGAGACAGGCCGAUAGCCGGAAAAGGCCGAAGCAAGACCAACGCAGAGACGCCGGCAGCACACCUGUGAACCUCGAGACACGAACACUGAUGCCGGUUUGAACAGAGAGAGAAAGCGUCUCAGAGAGAUGGAGAGGACGUUUGUUGACAGAGGGUCAGAAGCUGAAGCGAGGAUGAGACAGCUGAGGAAUACGUUUCCAGACAGCUGGAAGGACAACCAAAGAAAAAUGGCCUUAUUUUCUUUCAUUUUUUUUCUCCGUGAUAAAAUCUGAUGCUCCUGCAGUCACAGUUAGUGUCCUCUGAGGGUUUUUAAUGCACUAAAGCAGAUUAAAACAGGCCGGGACUUUGUUAAAGUCACCUCUGAUUAGCUAGAUGUCCGUUAAUAUUGUUAUGUGUUUGUAUAACCACUCGCCUCUGACACAACUGUCUCAUCACCAUCUAAAUUGAUGCGCUCGUAAGAUGUGAGGUUUCCAUUUUGGCUGUGUACUAGUGGGGAUGAAUGCCCUUCAGUUAGCUAUAAAAGUGUCUAAGUUAAUUAUGCAAGCCUCCUAAAAACAGCAGUGGUGGUUCCUCCACACCUGUAUUAUCUGGAACAAUUACAUCUAUUAAAGGGGCACAAUAAAAGGUGGGAACCAUUUAGCUAAGUCUAAACAUGUAGGGGGAAUCUAUAAACACACGGACCAACAGAGGGCUUUCCUACAUGAGUGUGUUCAUUUUAAAUCCAUGAGGUGGUGUAAGUGACUUGGGUAAAGGGACAGAGCCUGGGACAGAGAGUCAAAUUCCAUCCAGAGUGAAAGGGCAAAAGGGGGUAAAAGUUUGAGAGAGGGGAGGGGUGGGGGGUUAAAGGACUGUGUGCUCAGCUGUUUUUUCAUCAUGGAGUCUGAGUGUACAGUUCCUCCAUGUUUGCUGCAAACAACUUUAAAGCCAUACAGUGAAGGGAACUGACAUUUUUUAAGACACUGAGUGUUUUCUUCUGUUGUCAGAAGCUGUACAUGAUGACUGACAUGUUAUACAGCACAUUCAAAACCUCCACCUGCUGACACCUGUUGGUUUCUGCUAACGCGCAGCAUAUUUUUCCUGCGACAUCGAGUGCACUGCUGUACGAGCGCGUAGCCAGUUUUGCAUUGAUUUUUCAGAUUGAGCAUCUGUCUUGUCCUGGUAAUGCCUGAAUAAGCUUAUUGAAUUUUCCCCUAAAUGUUCAGUCGGUGUCCUUUUUCCCUUUCUGUCUGGGGGCUGUGAAUGCAACCAAGGACUGUUUAUAUAAUCAUUUCAUAUGCUGGUGUUUUUUUAAAUAAAACAAAUCUAGUCUUUGAAUGGUGAAAAUGCCCUCCACAGUUUCCUAGACUCCUGGUACAAACCCAAAUAUAUUUAGAGGCUUAACAGAGGCUUGAACCACAGUGUUUGGUAUUUUUUCAUUGAUAAAUGCUAUUGCUUAAUUUUCUGUCUGUGUGAACCUAUGUGAAUCUUUUGUACACAAACCCUGCAUUAGCAGUAAUUUUGCACCUGAACUGUUCUCUGUGAUUAAGCAAACGUGUCAUUUUUUUCAUAGCACUUAAUGAGUCCUUUAAUUGAACUCACCCACUUGUUGCUUGUCCCUUUGGAGCAGAACCCUGUGGCUCUGAGGUAGCCUUUAUCCUUCUGGUGGCUCCAAUAAAUUAAACAGGCUUACACGA